GGUAUCACAAUUUGGGAGAGGUGAAAAAGCGGUACAUUGACUUCCUCCUUUAACAGCCACAGCCGAAGCGCCACGGACGCGCGGCCCCAUGGAGAAAUCCAAAAACUUUCGCAUCGACGCGCUUUUAGCAGUCGAUACACCCAAAGUGCAAACCUCUCCGCUGGCGCUGGUUACCUCCCUGUCCUCCUCCUCUUCCUCCUCUUCUUCUAUCCCCUCGUCUGGGAACGUAGCAGCCGCGGAUCUGAGCGCCGGCGCUGACUCUUUACGCGCAGAGACGCCGUCUCCGCCGAGGAUUUCCACAUGCGGCCUGAUCCCCAAACCGGGUUUCCUGAACAGUCCGCACAAUAUGGUUGGAUUACAUCCGCAGAACAGCGCAGGGAUCCCGGCGCAGGCUCUGUACGGCCACCCCAUGUACACGUACUCAGCAGCUGCGCUCGCAGGACAACACCCGGCGCUGUCCUACUCUUACCCACACGGCUCCCAUCACCACCACCACACCACCGACCCUAUCAAACUGACAGCCAGCACCUUUCAGCUGGACCAUUGGCUCCGCGUCUCCACAGCCGGGAUGAUGCUCCCCAAAAUGUCUGAUUUUAACUGUUUUGCAGCUCAGGCGCAGUCCAACUUGCUUGGCAAGUGUCGAAGACCAAGAACCGCAUUCACGAGUCAGCAGCUGCUGGAGCUCGAGCAUCAGUUCAAAUUGAAUAAGUAUCUGUCGCGACCCAAGCGCUUCGAAGUGGCUACAUCCCUCAUGCUGACGGAAACUCAGGUUAAAAUCUGGUUCCAGAACAGACGUAUGAAGUGGAAGAGGAGUAAGAAGGCCAAAGAGCAGGCCGCCCAGGAGGCCGAAAAGCAAAAAGGCACCAAAAGCGGCCAAGAGAAAUCCGACGGACACGAACAGGUUGAUUAUCACAGCAAGGCGGACUCAAAAAAUGGCAGAAUAAGAGAUUUUAGGGACAGCGACGACGACGACGACGAAAAUUUCAUGUACAACUCGUCAGACUGCUCCUCAGACGAUGAGAGGAACCAUAUGAGUGACGUAAGUCCGCAGUCUUGAAGCAGCGGGAGCGCGACGGUGGCAUUAGUGACUCCGGGGGGGCUC